AUGCAAAACCUCCUCCAGCCCGGCGCCGCCGUGACGGCGUCGUCGUUGUCGUCGCGCGCACAGCCGCGGCAGCGAUGCCGCGUCUCCGUCCGCGCCUCGGCUUCUUCAUCGUCGGCCCCUCGGCGGGAGACAGAUCCGCGGAAGCGGGUGGUGAUCACGGGGAUGGGCCUGGUGUCCGUGUUCGGGAACGACGUGGACGCGUACUACGCCCGCCUCCUUGCCGGGGAGAGCGGCGUCGGCGCCAUCGAUCGAUUCGACGCCUCCGGGUUCCCCACCCGCUUCGCCGCCCAAAUCCGCGGCUUCUCCUCCGAGGGCUACGUCGACGGCAAGCUCGACCGUCGCCUCGACGACUGCCACCGCUACGCCCUUGUCGCCGCCAAGAAGGCCCUUGAGUCGGCCGGCCUCGCACCAGAGUCCAACGCCAUGGACAAGAUUGAUAAAGAACGAGCCGGCGUGGUCGUGGGCUCCGGCAUGGGCGGCAUCAGAGCCUUCUCUGACGGCGUCGAGAACCUCGUCACCAAGGGGUGCAGGAAGAUAUCUCCAUUCUGCAUCCCGCAUGCCAUAACCAACACCGGCUCCGCCAUGGUCGCCAUGGACGCGGCCGUCGGCUUCCGGGGCCCGAACUACUCGAUCUCGACCGCAUGUGCCAGCUCCAACCACUGCUUCCACAACGCCGCCGACCAGAUCAGACUGGGCCGAGCCGAUGUCAUGGUGGCCGGCGGCGCAGAGGCUGCCAUUGUCCCCAUCGGGCUAGGUGGGUUCGUGGCUUGCAGGGCGCUGUCGCAGAGGAACGACGACCCCGGCACGGCGUCGAGGCCCUGGGACAGGGACCGCGAUGGUUUUGUCAUGGGCGAAGGAGCCGGAAUACUGGUUAUGGAAAGCCUCGAGCAUGCAAUGAAACGCGAUGCUCCAAUUCUUGUGGAGUACCUGGGAGGCGCCGUAAACAGUGAUGCUCACCAUAUGACUGAUCCAAGACCAGAUGGAAGUGGUGUUUCAACAUGCAUAAAGCGGAGCCUCGAAGACGCAGGUGUGGCCCCAGAGGAGGUCAAUUACAUAAACGCCCAUGCAACCUCCACCCUUGCUGGAGACCUGGCUGAGGUGAAAGCUUUGAAGCAAGUCUUUAGGGACACAUGCCAGAUUAAACUGAACUCAACCAAGUCCAUGAUUGGCCAUUGCCUUGGCGCGGCAGGCGGAUUGGAAGCCAUUGCCACUAUCAAAGCGAUCACCACUGGAUGGGUGCAUCCAACUAUAAACCAGUUUAAUCCAGAGCCGGCACUUGAUCAAUUUAACACAGUGCGCAACAUAAAACAACAACACGAAGUACAUGUUGGUAUCUCUAAUUCGUUUGGAUUUGGAGGACACAAUUCAGUGGUGGUAUUUGCGCCGUUUAAACCUUGACGUAUUGUGUUCGAUAUAUAGUCCUUCUGUCG